AUGGGAGAAAAUAUAAUCGAAGAUGACGAUUAUGUUAUGUACUACCUCGGUAAAACCAAAGGACAAUUGGGUGUGGGCUUUCUGGUUAAGAAAAAGUACAAAGCAAACAUUACAACUUUCAUCGGAAUAUCAGAUCGAGUGUGUUUAUUAGAAAUUACUCUGGAAAAGCACCUUUUUGCCAUUAUACAAGCGCAUGCACCUACUGAAGGCUCAUCGCAGGAAGAUAUCGACAUAUUCUAUGAUGACCUUGCUAAAGCUCACGCCCCUAUCUCGACCGAUAACAUAAUCUCCAUGGGCGACUUCAAAGCUCAAAUUGGGAAACCGAAACAGUACGAACACUCAGUGACUGGACAAUACGGAUAUGGAGCCAGAAGCACUCGUGGAGAGAGACUGAUUCAAUAUGCGUACGAAAACAAUUUGAAAAUCACAAACACCAUAUUCAAUUUGAAGAAACACAGAAGAUGGACAUGGAAAUCUCCAGAUAAAAAUACAAAAAAUGAAAUCGAUUAUAUCAUGGCUGCUUCAAAUAACUAA